CCCCCCGGACAAGAUGGCGUCUGGUAGUCGUGGGGAUCCAUUGCCCAGAGUACAAUGUCCAAACCAUCCAGAUGCCAUAUUGGUGGAAGAUUACCGUGCUGGUGAUAUGAUCUGCCCUGAAUGUGGGCUGGUAGUAGGUGAUAGAGUUAUAGAUGUCGGCUCAGAGUGGCGGACAUUUAGCAAUGACAAAGCAACAAAAGAUCCAUCUAGAGUUGGUGAUGCCCAGAAUCCACUCCUAAAUGGCGGUGAUUUGUCGACUAUGAUUGGAAAGGGUACUGGAUCAGCAAGUUUUGAUGAAUUUGGAAAUGCAAAAUAUCAAAAUCGUCGGACUAUGAGUAGUUCUGAUCGAGCAAUGAUGAAUGCAUUCAAGGAAAUCAGUAAUAUGUCUGACAGGAUAAAUCUCCCCAGAAAUAUUGUUGAUCGAACGAAUAACUUAUUUAAACAAGUGUAUGAACAAAAAAGCCUAAAGGGAAGGAGUAAUGAUGCCAUUGCUUCUGCCUGUUUGUACAUUGCCUGUAGACAAGAAGGUGUACCACGAACAUUCAAAGAAAUAUGUGCAGUGUCCAGGAUUCCAAAAAAGGAAAUAGGCCGUUGCUUCAAAUUGAUUCUGAAAGCUCUGGAGACCAGUGUGGAUCUAAUUACUACAGGAGAUUUUAUGUCCAGGUUCUGUUCAAACUUGGGAUUGCCUAAACAAGUGCAAAUGGCUGCAACGCACAUUGCGAGGAAAGCUGUGGAACUGGAUUUGGUGCCUGGUAGAAGCCCUAUUUCAGUAGCUGCAGCAGCUAUUUAUAUGGCAUCGCAAGCUUCAGCUGACAAAAGAACACAAAAAGAGAUUGGAGACAUUGCUGGGGUAGCUGAUGUCACAAUUAGGCAGUCCUACAGACUCAUCUAUCCGCGAGCUGCUGACCUCUUCCCUGCUGAAUUUAAAUUUGAUACUCCGGUUGACAAACUACCCCAGUUGUAAAUGGAACCAGCCUACUUUGCAAUAUGCGCAAUAAUUUGUUUUAAAUAAAAUUAAGCAUUCCCCAAUGUAAAAUUUUUCAAGUUAAUUUGGCCUCCUGAUUUUUGAAACCAGCUCAAGUGAAGAACACAGCUGAGAACCAGUGAAACUACGUGACAGCAGAUGGCUACACUAUCAGAAUAUCGCACGUACAUUCCAAAGCUGAAUUUCAAGGUUGUUUGUACUUGCCAGCUAAUUUGUAUAUUUGCAAAUUUAUACUUAACCAGAUAAUUUGUAUAUAAAGUGAAAAUUGGGGAUAUUGUGUUGUGAAAGGCUGAUCAAUGACAGACUGGCUCAUUUUAGUUUUUUGGUGUAAUUUGACAUACCCAUAUUCAGGUUUGGAAAGAUGCUUGAUGUCAUCUUAAAUAAAUUACCAUUUUUUUCUUUG